AUGGCGCUCAACAGAGGCUCUCGUCCGUUAUCUGUACACUCUGCGUCCUAUGCAGGAGCCACCGCAGAUUCGGCGAUUCGAGCAGCGAACAAGGCUUCGAGGCAAUGGUGGUACACCAGCGAAGGCAACUCCGGUGAGGCAUGUCGCUCAAUGCAACGUGCCGAUGCCUGUGCAAGUGACGCAGACACAACGCCUGCACAUGCUGUACUUGUCCAGGGAAGCAUUUCCUCCUAUCCUUUCUCGCCCAGUCUCGCGCUCUCCGACACACCUAGCCGCAACACCACGGACGUGAACGAUGUCCACCACACUCGCUUCUGCUACUUUGGAGCAACAGCUGCAUCUCUACACUCUUUUCCGUAUACCAUCGUAGCAACGGUCACCGCCCUGUUCACUCCCUACGUCAUCUUUUUCGACGAUGGUUGCGUUUCUACUUCUAUCUGCGUCGAGACACUCUACCCACAUGGCAUCACGUCUGCCCCGGGAUUCACAGUCUUCUCAGACUUGGCUGAUAUGACCUGGACGAAGAGUGAUGUGCCGAUGUCAUAUCCCACCACAUACGUCGAAUACCUUGGUUUCGAGAAGGACAACUACAUCCUCAACCCGGACGCUGUUACCAAAGGCUUCUGCGCUGGAACUACUGAGCCAGUCCCCAUCGAACUGCCAUCUCCAACAACCCCCGCCUCAUUCAUCUAUCCGCUUCAAGGACCCUACGCCUUGGCCACCUCCAUAUCCCAGAACACCACCUAUAUCGCCGUCCCGGUUUACCCUGCCAUCACCGACUAUCUGGAGCAAGUCGUCCUCAAUCCGUCUGGAGAGCCUGCAGGUAUCAAGGACUGCUUUCCGGUGCAGAAUUACUUCCCGCUAUCGACCGUAGUCUCGAACACAUGCUACACGGCUUACUCGACCCUCACUUCUUCUGCGACGACAUACACGACAUCAACUUCGACCUGUGAAUGUGGAGAGAGCACUACGACCAUCAAUUCUCCUAUUGUCACUCCUUCCUUCGAGACACUGACUGUCGUCAAUUGCAACAUCGCAGUCGGUCAUCAGGUGACUACGAACAAUCUCACGACUACCAUCAACCAGGAGCGCGCGUACACCCAGACGAACAGAACACUUCCCGCGGUCUCAGUCACCGAGACUCGCAGCCCGUUCACAGAUGAUCUUCGUGUUGCCGCCUCUACUGAUCGUCUUGUUCCGGAGAGAGCAACGGAUGGGUGGCGACAGCCUUCAAUGACAAGUAUCAUCAAGUCUUGA